AGUUCUCCAUGAAUGAACUUGCGAUGACACAAUCUUGUGGCCUCAACAUUUCAAUUCAAAAUAUGACCGUGAGUCAUACUGGAGGAUGUUGUUAAUUACUGUGACGUAACAGAUACAAUGUGUGGUCGGUGUUAGGCUUGAGACAGUUGAUAAUCAAUGACUCUCUAAAACCCAGGAAAUCGUGGUCAGUAUUUCGGAUCAUUGUUACACCAUGUCGCAGGACGCUGAGCAGACGACACCCGUACAGGGCAUUAGAAGAAAAAUAUUUCAGUGUGUGGAUUUUAUUCAAGGCUAUUUCGUAGAUGCUGCCCUGUUUUGUUUCUUUCUCUCACGGCACAUGUCUCUACCAUUGUUCCAGGAAUAUGUUCAGGACCAAAUCCACAAAAAACAUAACCUCAAUUUGAUAGAUAUUCAGAAAGGCAUGAGUGGGAAUGAGACCAGCUCCUGGCACGAGGCCCAGCAGGAGAGUGUGCUGGCCGUACUAGGACUCCAGAUUGCGGAGGGUUUACCAGCCAUCAUCACUGUCCUCAUCUUGGGGGCUGUCAGUGACCGCACAGGUAGACGCAAGAUCCUGUUAUGGCUGCCGUCACUAGGAAGUGUUGCACAUUCUCUCAUAUAUGUCCUGAUUUUAUACACUGGCUGGAACCUGGAUGGCCUUUUCAUGGCAUCAGCUCUCAGGGGAAUCAGUGGGAGUAUGACCGCCUUCUUGGCGGGAUCAACAUAUUUUGCGAUUAACAGCGUUAAACCAAAUCAAAGAGCCUCGCGCCUUGCUAUCCAAGAAUUUUUGAAUGGUGGUGCAUAUGCACUUGGAAACAUCAUGGUUGGAUUCUGGGUCAAGUCCAGUGGAUUUUUUCAACCGUUCUGGUUCACUCUAAUCUGCGGGGUGAUCGCCUUCUUGAUAUCCUUCUUCCUGGUCCAGGAAUGCCAGCUCAGCGAAGCGGACAGACCGAUUCGACACAGAAGGACUGGGAAUUGUUGCAAAGAUUUGUUCGCUCCGAUGGCCAAAAUAUUCAACUGUUGUAAAAACCGAGGCCUAAUUAAAGUUUGGAUGGCCAUUUUAGCGUUCCAGACAUACGCUGCCGUACAUAUUGGGCAGGAGAAUGUCUUAGUGUUGUAUCUUAGUGGACAGCCAUAUUUGUAUUCCUGGCGCACGGAUGUGACUGGGCCGGGGCCGUAUGUAAAAAUUGGUCUGUUCUUGUCCGUCAUCAUGGCUGUGGCCGCUGCCGCUGUUGCACUUAGUCCACCCAUUAUGAGGAGGUUCCUCACAGAAUCAAACAUCGCAUUUAUUGGAUACUUCUCCAAGGCCCUUGGGACCCUCUGGAUUGCUGUUGUUCAGAAUGAAACAAUUUUAUACUUUGCCAUCCUGCUGUUGGCGUUUGAACUUCUGCCAUUCCCUAUGAUGAGGUCCAUCGUGUCAAGAGGAAUCUCCCCAUCAGAACAAGGGUCACUGUUUGCUGUGAUGCAUUGUGGGGAAAGCAUAAUCUACUUUCUUGCGCCUUUCACAUUCACUGCGAUCUACGCUUCCUCCCUGCACUACUUCGGAGGCUUUGUCUUCAUCGUUUCCAUCAUCCUGCUCUUUUUGCCGACUGGGUUCACUGUAGCCCUUCGAUAUCUAGAGAGGAAGGAGCCUCAGGGAUACGAGCCAAUGGAUGGAGCCGAUUUGCAGCCCGAGGAGGAGGGACCUGCGGCACCCAGCGAAUCUGAAACUGACCGACUGGCACAGGAACCAAUCAGCUUCAUUCAGCUGAGUCAAGAUGCAUAAUGAGCCAGCACGCUGAGGUCCCAUGGAUUGUUGUGGAAUGUGUACCUUGAGCCCGUGAUUGCUGACAGAGAUCAGCCAGAUUGACUGUAUGCUGGACAGUUGUUGGAUAUCAAGGUUUUGUGUAGUAUUGUCAUAAGUCUGACGUGUUGGGACAUUUUCCGGGGAUAUUGUACACUGCAUCAUAUUUCUUUUGCUCAAAAGUGAAAUUAGAAGUCACAGCAGGUCUGUACGAUUGUCAACUGAUUUGGUAGAUGUUUUCUACUUAUUUAUCAACAGUGCUUACAUUAGCUCAACGUUUUAUAGAACUUGUUGUAGAGUAUUGUGUCAGCUGUGGCUACAAUCAAGAAGCAGAAAAAUAUGAAAACAGCACCUUUGUAUCAGUAGGAAAGGAGAGUUUAGUUGUGUGUGUGACAGGUGCUUGGUGUGUCCACAGAGUUAUGUUAUAGCUGUCUCUGUGUUGCAUGCAGUGUGUGGCUUCAGGAUAUCAAGGUUCAUGCUGGCUUCAAAUGGCCUUGAAUUUUUAGGGUCCCCUUGAUUGAUUGAUCUUGUGAAGCCUUGAAAAUCACCAAAAGAGCUUAAAACCCUGAAUUUGUACAAAAAGAUAUACAUUUAUUAAUAAAAGUAUUAAAGUUCAUGACAUUAAAUUUGGUAGUAGUGACAAGAAAUCUUGUUGGACAUUUGGUGAUGUUUAUACUGUUUUAGGUCUUACGACUCAUGUAUAAUAUGCUGGGUUUCUGGAAAUUGAUUACAGGCCGAAACUGAAAAAAGAGCCAUGAGAACUGUUCCAGGGGAAGUUGAUUUUAGUGUUGUAUAUCUGUUCGAGCCUUGAAUCAGUGUGUUGUUAUCCUGUCAGUGUGAGUAAUGAUUGUUUCCAGGGUAGAGUAAGUGUGUGACUGUGGUCGCUUAGAUCAGUCAGUGCUGGUAUUGAUCACUCUGAAAAGUAAAAAUAAUUCUGAAAUGAGAUAGUAGGCUGUAUUGAUGAAAUGUUAUCCAUUCCCACCAAACUUGAUUUCUUUGACCACUUUCUGUAUCUCCACAUGCCAUGUUUUGGGGUUGUAUUUUUCAGGAAGUACAAUGUGCAGUAAAACAUACGGGAUAAAUUGCUUACCAUCUCACUUCAGAUGGACUGUUAAUUUGUUGUGGCCUUAUAUAACAAUGAAUGAAAAUCCAAUGAAGUCAGCAUUAUACACCAUGUGACACAGGCUAUGUAUGGGGUCAACUCUGUAGCUCAGGUCAGGGAAGUGAAUUGUUCGUGUAAGCCCUACAGAAUACUUUCCCCCCUCAGUUUGACACAAGUUGAAACCAUACACAGCAUGUGGUGUCAUCGACCUUCCAUUACAAAGUGCAUAUUUGGUUCCAGUUCCUACUACCAACCACUUGCAUGUGUUUAUCGUCUACAGAGAGAGAUAUUUUUACACCAUGUUGUUAUAUGUGUGGUAUGAAUUUGCAUUUUCUUUGUCUGAUAUCGUCAUUCCACUUCAACGAAAGAUCACCCUGUAGUCUUGGUAGCGUGAAUGUGGUGAAUGAGAAUGCCUACAGUACCAGCCGAUAUCAACAGAUGUGGCCUUCCGUAGGUGAUGCCUGAUUGUGUGAAAGUUAAUGUAAUAUAUAUUGUACCAGGCCCAUUUGAAUCUCUAACACUUAAUCAAUGGUUUGGUUGGUUGGUUGCACUUCCAAUACUGCAGCUAUAUGGCGGCAGUCUGUACAUAAUCCAGUCUGGAUCAGACUAUCCAGUGAUCAACAGCAUGAGCAUUGAUCUACACAAUUGGGUUACGAUCACAGGUUUAACCAAGAUCGAGGCUUACCACCCGAUUCCGUUAGUCGCCUCUUUCAACAAGGAUGGCUUGCUAAAAACUAAUCAAUGGGAAGAAGAUAUAUUUUCUAUAAGCAUAGUAAUGAUGAUGAUGAUUUAAAAGUUUGUUUGUGCUCUGCUGAUGCAGUAGUAUUCUCUCUAUACGUAUGUUAUGGAAUGUAUAGUAGACUAAGGAACAUUGAUCUACGCAAUUUGGAUCCAAAGACAAGCAUCAGACAACUUAUCAAAUCUGACCACCUGAUCCUAUUAGUUUCCUCUUUUUGGAAGACCAAUUCUAGCCAGGUCUUCACGGUGGACUUGAUUUAGUACAGUUUCCCCCAAGUCUCUGUAAGUUAAGUGUUGGAGGAAAAGCCUAGAGUGAAUGAGAUAGUAGAGGUUAACCCAUAGUGUGGAUCCGGUUAACAUAGGUUGAACUACGAAGCAAGGCUAAGAAGAAAGGAUCUUGUGGUGUAAUGAUGUUAUUUGUUUUAUCUGUUGAACUUAGCAUCCCAGUUAUCUCUGAUACAGCUGGUCUGCAGGAACAUACUCUCCAUGGUAACAGUUUUAGUUGGUUUAUUCUUUUAAAAACCCCACAUCUACACAAUGAUCAAGUUGAAAGUGAGUGAAGUAGUUAAGAAAAUGUUUUGAUUGAGUCAGAUGUGUGUGUUGUGAAUGUCCUAAUCAUUGCGGCAAUGUUUGAUAUAUAUCUCUUUAGUCCAAUGUUUGCCAUAAUCUAUAACCACCAAACAGCCAAAAGUUACUUGUUUAUUUUGUGUACAUAGUUAUUGUGUUUACAACAUUUACACAUCAACAUUUACACAGCCUGACCUCCCAUGAGGCCUCUUGCGACCCUGUACAUGCACUGUAAUAGAUAUCCAGACACGAAACUGGUCACAUCCUCACUUGCACAGUACCUCCAGUCACGGCUGUCACCCAGGGAGCCUACAGCAGCUGUCCUCUCUGACCACAAAUACCAGAAUUUGCUGGGGCCAUCGUACUGCUAGCAUUGAAAGUAUAGGUGUAAUAAUUGCCUUAGCAAACAGAAUUCUUCAUUUGUGCAUUUUCCAUGGCAAUUAAUUCUACAUAACCAAAAUCUAAGCUGGUUAUCAAAAAGCCAAGAGAGAGAAUUGUUAACAGGUUCAGAAGGUGAAGGUUAGAGAUACAACUGCCUCAGAAAAGGUUUGAUGUAAUACUUUGUGAAGAAGUAGCCCUGCAUUUAUUACUGACUACUUGGUAUUCCUCAGGGCAUGUUCUUGUUUGAAAGACAAUUUGCCUUGACCUACCUUUAGCAUGCAGUCCCGGGCAGUACACCAUAUGUCCAGAUAGAUCCAGGGGCAGAUAACCAGCUUCCACUAGCUGAUAUGGGAGAUCAGGCUGACAUUGAUCAUAUGACUUGUGUCAGCAAAUUUGAAGAAUAAUGUUAGUCUCUACCAUUCCACAGUUAUGUGUGUAUAGCUUAUACAAUAACUAUUACAGAUCUAUUUAUUCAGUACCUUAUACAUAUAUCUAUUCUGUUGUUAUGCAUUCGGGUUGUUGAAUGUGCAUGAUCUCAGCACCACCACAAAUCUUGUUAGAUGGUAGUGUACCAUCCUUUCUCUUCCACACCACACUCAGUGUGCAUAAACAGGAAUCAAAGUGCAUAUGACCAGUCUUCUCACAUUUUCAAGAUCUAAAAAAUACUGUUGGUUCUGAUUGCAAAUGAGCUUUGUAAAUUGGAACAUUGCGUUGAAAUGCAGUUCCUUGACAUUGGUAGGUGUAUUGUUGACCUGACAACAUUGGCAAUAGCGUGUUGGUCACCAAGGGAACUUGAAUCAAACUUUAUAUGAACUUGUUUUUUUGUAUUUUUAUCUUUUGAUAGAUUAUGACAAGAAUUCUUUGACUAUUUUCUGUGAUAUUACUAUUUUGCCCAUGUAUGGUGUGUUUCACCAUGUUGGCAUGAAGCUACUGAUGACUGUUUAUUGUUUGUAGUCCAGCACCAGGGCAACUUCUGGUCCUCUCGUCAGUUCAAUGCUGAUGUCGCCAUGUUGUCACAACAUCUAACUGCCAAUCAAGACAUCCAGUAAGAAGCAUGUCUUGAUUUGUUUACUUCCAGUGUCCAGGGGUGUGAACUGAUAGCAUCCUGUGCAAGUCCUGACUUGGCCCAGCUGUCAGUGUGUAACACCACUGCAACAGUUUUGAUGGAAUCAGGAAUUUUUCUGCUCCAGUGGUUGGGAAGCCCAUUGGGUUAAUUGUUCACCAUGAUGCUGUAGACUGCAGCUUAAUUCCAAAACAUUGGUGCAUUGUGUGAAGCCCAGUUUGGCGUCCCGUGCUGAGAUAUUUCUGGAAGGAAGCCUAAAGUGGUGUAAAGCCUAAAUCAUUGAAUGUAAUUGCAAAUAAAGCAUUCAUCGCAAAUAAUCAAAUAUUUUGGAGUAUGACCUGUGUCCUGUGAGCCUCUACCGUUAACCUAUGGCAGUACCUCACAGCUGAUGCGAGCAGGGCAGGCGUGCUACUGUGAAAUCAAAACAACUAUGGCAUUGUCAUUAGGGAAGCUGUUUGACUUUCUAUUUGGAGCAUUGUAUCCUAGCUGAAGAACAGCAUAAUUCAGUGUUAUGUAAAUCUCAUGUUUUGUCCGUAUAUAUUAAACAUUUAUUUAUUGUCGCUUAUUGCCCUUGUUAGCUUGUAUAGAUGUGAUGGUUGUUUUUGAAUAUGCUAUGUUUUAAUUUCAGUGUUUCAACCUAAUAAGUCAUCCCAUGGAUUGCAUUCAUAUCAGGUGUAUUUAUAGUGUAACUCUGAGAUCGUUUCACAACACCUGUGAUGCAAAUGGAUAUACUUUCUGGUUGAAUGGGGUCUCGCAAUGCUUGGAUAGCCAUACAAGGUUUUUGCUGUCUCAGUGCUUGGACAGCCCAACAAGCUUGUAGUUGUCAGCGUACUUGGACAGCCAUACAAGCUUGUUGCUGUCACAGCGCUUGAAUAGCCAUACAAGCUUGUUGCUGCCAGAGUGCUUGGACGGUCAUACAAGCUUGUUGCUGUCAGCAUGCUUGGACGGCCAUACAAGUUUGUUGCUGUCAUAAUGCUUGGACAGCCAUACAAGCUUGUUGCUGUCAGCAUGCUUGGACAGCCAUACAAGCUUGUUGCUGUCACAGUGCUUGGACAGCCAUACAAGCUUGUUGCUGUCACAGUGCUUGGACAGCCAUACAAGCUUGUUGCUGUCUCAGUGCUUGGACAGCCAUACAAGCUUGUUGCUGUCUCAGUGCUUGGACAGCCAUACAAGCUUGUUGCUGUCACAGUGCUUGGACAGCCAUACAAGUUAGUUGCUGUCAUAGUGCUUGGACAGCCAUGCAAGCUUGUUGCUGUCUCAGUGCUUGGACAGCCAUACAAGCUUGUUGCUGUCACAGUGCUUGAACAGCCAUACAAGCUUGUUGCUGUCUCAGUGCUUGGACAGCCAUACAAGCUUGUUGCUGUCUCAGUGCUUGGACAGCCAUACAAGCUUGUUGUUGUCACAGUGCUUGGACAGCCAUACAAGCUUGUUGCUGUCUCAGUGCUUGGACAGCCAUACAAGCUUGUUGUUGUCACAGUGCUUGGACAGCCAUACAAGCUUGUUGCUGUCACAGUGCUUGGACAGCCAUACAGGCUUGUUGCUGUCAGCAUGCUUGGACGGCCAUACAAGCUUGUUUCUGUCACAGUGCUUGGACAGCCAUACAAGCUUGUUGCUGUCACAGUGCUUGGACAGCCAUACAAGCUUGUUGUUGUCACAGUGCUUGGGCAGCCAUACAAGCUUGUUGCUGUCUCAGUGCUUGGACAGCCAUACAAGUUAGUUGCUGUCAUAGUGCUUGGACAGCCAUACAAGCUUGUUGCUGUCACAGUGCUUGGACAGCCAUACAAGCUUGUUGCUGUCUCAGUGCUUGGACAGCCAUACAAGCUUGUUGUUGUCACAGUGCUUGGACAGCCAUACAAGCUUGUUGCUGUCACAGUGCUUGGACAGCCAUACAAGCUUGUUGCUGUCAGCAUGCUUGGACGGCCAUACAAGCUUGUUGCUGUCACAGUGCUUGGACAGCCAUACAGGCUUGUUGCUGUCACAGUGCUUGGACAGCCAUACAAGCUUGUUGCUGUCUCAGUGCUUGGACAGCCAUACAAGCUUGUUGCUGUCACAGUGCUUGGACAGCCAUAUAAGCUUGUUGCUGUCAUAGUGCUUGGACAACCAUACAAGUUAGUUGCUGUCAGCAUGCUUGGAUGGCCAUACAGGCUUGUUAUCACAAUCUAGAGCCCUGGCCAUUUUGUCUAUAGUUUGUGUGUUAGUGUUACAUGUUUUGUUUGCAGGUAUUCACCGUUCAUAUUAAUGUUAAUUAUGCAGGUGGAAGUCCAGUAGCAGUAUCUCAUAAUCAGUACACUUUUUAUACGAUUUAUGCUUUUUAUAUAAAAAUAAUGUAACUUUUUGUAACAUUGACAGGGUACUUAACAUUAUCAGACAGCAGAGAGUUGGCCUGUCCUGAAGCUUGUAUCCAUACAUCCUACAGGGGUCAUGGUCAUACUCUCAAAGCUGUUCCCUCCUCAUGUCAUAAGAGAAAUAGUACAAUAAUGGUGUAUGUAAGAUAUUCAUUCAAUUACUUUGGAGUCACACAAUAACCUUCAGUUUAUUGAUGUAUGUUUGCAUUGUUGAUAUUCCACGCACGUGACUGUGGCCAUGUUAUCCCAGGCUUUGUCCGCCACUAGCCAGACUGAGAUUAGACAUGUAUUCAAGUUAGGAAAGACAAAUAUGUGCUGUUAUAGGUUGUUCUGUUAUAAUGGUUAACACUGCCACGCAGCCAGUGAUGUGGCUGUAGGUUGAGAGAACUGCCACGUACGCUGAAAGGAGGAGGGCGUGACAGGCAAGGACUGGUCAUGUGAUCUACAUCGAGGGGAGAGCUACAGGUACACUAGUCCAUAUGAUUGUGAAUAAAGUCAAUGCUGUUGCAACUA